CUGAUAGGGAGCUGCAAUUGCCCCACCAUCUAUCCGCCUGUAGCAGCAAUCGCGACCCCGAGUUCACGCCCGCAACCAUCGCGAGUCGACCAUUCCAGGAAGCAAAUCACACCAAAGCGAGGAACUCGUCUAUGGACAGGUGACAAUGUCGAAACAAUACCUCACCGCCCACACAGUGGACGAAGCGCACCCGGCAGAGAUCUUCUCCCUCGCGCCGACGCCAACCUCCAUCCUCUCCGCGAGCGGCUCGUCCGCGCUCCGCGUGCACAGCACCACCGACCCGUCCUUCCCGCUCCAGCAAACCAUCCCCGCCGCGCACAAGCUCGGGUGCCACCACGUAUGCACCGCGCGCGGCGGGCUCGGCACCGUGGCCGCCAGCGUCGGCUUCGGCGGCGAGAUCAAGGUCUGGACCCGCAACCGAGCGGGAAAUAACGACACCGCAGGCGAGGAUGAGUGGCGCCUCGACUGGGAGCUCGCCCCCUCCUCGUCCAAGGCCGACGGCGGCGGCGACGUGUGGGCCGUGGCGCUGAGCGCCGACGAGGGCUACCUCGCGUGCACGACCAGCGACGGCCGCAUCCACGUGUGGGACAUCGCGGCGCGCGAGCGCAUCCAGACGUACGAGACGGGCGCGCGCGGGGGCGGCAGCUUCGCCAUGGCGGUCGAUCUGAGCCGCGACGGGCGGCUGACGGCCAGCGGGCACGAGAGUGGCGCGGUAUAUGUGUUCAAUAAUGAUGCCGGGAGGAUGGUGUAUUCGUUGUCUGGUCUGGCAAAGCCGGUGAGGGCUGUUGCCUUCUCGCCAGGCUGCAAGCGCCUUGCCGCCGCUGGGAACGCUGGCAUCAUUGCGCUGUACGACAUGGAGCAUGGCGAGCACGUCGGCAACCUGACGACGCCCAGCACCAGGCCAGCGUGGAUCACGUCGUUGGAUUGGAACGACACGGGCGAGUACCUCCUGAGCGGAUCGCUCGAUGGCAAGGUCAAGGUCUGGGAUGUUGCCCGCGGUGUCUGCGUGGCGACGCACAGCGAGACGGAAUCGGCGCUGUGGAGUGUGAGGUGGCUGCCCAAGACCGAGCGGGCCCUGGGGCCGGGCAUGGGGAAGAGCGAGAUGUUUUGCGCGGCGGGUGCGAGCCGCAGUCUGACCUUCUACCGGGAGGCUACAGGGUCUUGAGCGCAGCGCUGGGGCAUCUGCUGCCGAGAGGGAAUGGGAAUGACGGUGUACGAUUUGCUUUUGUGGGUUGCUCUCCUGAGAUGAUAGAGAAAAUGUGCCGACAGAGCUUGGCCAGAUACCUUGAUUCUUUACCAAAAACACUGCUGGGGAUACGCUGGGAUUUGUCUCAGAGAAGUUCCCACAGGGUCCUUUGGUUGCGACAUCUUGGAAGCGCGGUUCAUGCGUGCCGGGCUCAUAUGUAGCUAGGCAAGACACAGCCAACGAGCUGGCUGGGAGCCGCGCGCUCAAACAUGUUCGAGCCUGGGUCGUCGACCGAGGAGCCACAUCAAUUCGAGGUUCCCACCGUCGGUUGCCUCUACCUCCA